AUGCUCGCGCACUGGACUUUCUCCCUUUCUCCUGCCUACUCUUCUUUCUCCUGUGUACUUCAUUUCCUCUUUCUUUCGCGUCUUUCUCCUUCUUUUCUUCCUUCUCUCGGCCGCUGUUGUUGCCGGCAAAAGGCAUGCUCGAGACGUGAGCCUGACACUGGAGCACACUGCUGCACUCGAUCGUCCUCCGAGAUCUUCUCGCCUCUCCGCCUUUCACUGUCCGUUGACGCUUCAGAGUUCUUUUUUCUUUUCCAGCCUCCUCACCUUCUCUGCUUCGCUCGCUCUCUUGGAUUCUCCUUCUCCGUCCCUCGCGUUCUUUCGUCGAGCUCGUGUGUAAGUACACCUGCCUCUCCGAGGAAACGAACGAACCUCUUUCCUUUCAGAGUUUUUCGCUCUUGGCAGUCUUUUCCAGUCAAAUCUUUCGACUGCCUCCCUGGAUCUUUCCUUCCCUGCCUCGCCCCCUUCUCUUCUUCUUCAUCUCCAACAAUGCCCAGAGAUCCGGAACUCUCUCCCCCUCCCUCCUCUUCGUCUUCUCCUCCUUUUUCUUCUCCUCCUCUCCCUUCUUCUUCUGCAUUUCAGCCUUGUAUGAGCUCCUCUGCCGGCGUUGCUUGUGCGGCGCCGAGGGUGUCUUCUUCCCCGCUCUUUCGACCUCCAGCUUCGUUCUCUCCCGCGCUCUCGCCGGGUGUCUGCUGCGUCGCUCCCUGGGCCUCGCCCUUGGCCACCGCCCCGCUCUCGGGUGUACGUACACCCGGCGCACCCGCCGCCUUUGCGGCGGUGGAGCCGGCGACGGGCCGCGAGGAAGAUUUGCGUGCAUGCAAGAAGCAGAUUCACUCCCUCCACGAUUUAAGUGUAUGGACGGCUGGUCCCAGCUACCAGGCUUUCAUGCGUUUCCUGCGCCGCCUGUCGGCCGCCGUCGUCGACAGAAAGGCUGUGAGUAGGCGCGAAGGGGACUCUGGAAAGAAGUCUGCAGAGGAGCCUCGAGGAAAUUCUGAAGAGCAGUCCGCAGAUGAGUCUGCAGGAGGCUCUGGAGAGAAGCCUGAAGAGAACUCAGGAGAAGAAAUGAGAGUUGAAGAUGCAGAGUCCGCGACGAGGAGGCGCGCGGCGGCCGCAGCGCGUGCUAUUGUCGAGUGGGGAGUUCGGGAGAACAGCCGAGAAGGGAAGAGCCUGCAUGCGAGCGCCAAUGUCCUUAUUCUUCUUGAGAUCCUUGAAACUCUGAAAAUCUGGAUCGAGGAAAUUCCUCUCAUCGAACAGCCCAUGCGGUUCGGAAACCGCGCGUUCAGGACUUGGGUGGACCGACUCCAAGAGAGAUCCAAAUCCCUCUUGGAGCCCCUCGUCCCGACAAACGUCGCACCGCCUCCCGCUUCGCUCUCCAUCGAACCGAUUCCCGAGCAAGAAGAACUCGUUUUUCCUCCUUCUUCUUCUUCUCCUUCUUCUGCUGAGUCUCCAGCUGCCUCAGCGUGUCUGCAGGGAAACGUUUCAGGGCAGAAGAUCGGAGGCGAGGCGAGAGAAGCAGGAGAAGACGACGAGGCACAGACAGGAAAGACUCUGCGAGAGACCCUUUUGGAGGAGCUGACAGACUACCUUUGUCACGCGUUCGGCGAUCGACAGCGAAUCGACUACGGAACAGGCCAUGAGGUCUCUUUCGCACUCUUUCUGUUUGUGCUCUUCGAGGCUAAAAUCCUCGACGAGCAUGCAGACGACGCAGCCGCCGUUCUCCUCGUUUUUGCACAAUAUGUCGAAGUUUGUCACGCCUUGCAGAAGACGUAUUCGCUGGAACCGGCAGGAAGCCGCGGCGCAUGGGGCCUUGACGAUUUUCAUUUUCUUCCUUUUCUCUUCGGCGCAGCUCAGCUGGUCGAGAACCAUUUCAUUCACCCGGCGGAGGUCGUUGACAUGGGAGUUGUGAAGGAGUUUGCGCCCUCGAACCUCUACUUCUCGUCCAUUGAGUAUACCAUGGAGGUGAAGAAAGGCGCUCCGUUCUCAGAGUGCGCGCCGAUGCUGUAUGACAUCUCGGGCGUUAGUACGUGGCGCAAAAUUCACGCGGGUCUCCUCAAGAUGUACGAGGGGGAGGUUCUCAACAAGUUCCCGAUUGCCCAACACUUGCUAUUCGGCAAGUACUUUCCUUUCUCGCGAAAGGCCGCCGACGUCUAAACAAAGAGCGGCGAACCUUCAACCCCACGAGGGCGCACAAUGCUUCUCGAGGAAGCGUGGUGCAUCUCCACCUACUCUGAAGUCCACGUCGACGUCUGAACUUCGGUCAACGGAACUGCCUUUUUUUCUCCUUUUUCUGGUUCAGUUUCAUUGUUCGCAGACCUCCCUACUUCCGGCUGUCUCCCCUGUUGCCGCCUCUGCCUUUGCGUCGUCUUUCUUGUCUCCUUUCCUC